CGCCCGCCUCCAGCAGAGCCGGGAGUGUUGACGGGAGGCGGUCACGCUCCGGCCUUCCUUACCCGCCGGCCGCCCGCCGAGCCAGGCCGGAGGUGCGCGCACCGGUCCGUCCCGCGACCACCUCCGAAGACGCAGUCGUCCAGCUGACUGGGCCGUCGGCGAUGUUUUAUUUCCACUGUCCGCCACAGCUAGAGGGCACUGCAUCCUUUGGCAACCACUCAACGGGGGACUUCGAUGACGGGUUUUUGCGCAGAAAACAGCGGCGGAACCGAACAACGUUCACUCUUCAGCAGCUGGAAGCUCUCGAGGCAGUUUUUGCCCAAACGCACUAUCCAGAUGUCUUCACCAGAGAAGAGCUAGCCAUGAAGAUAAACCUCACAGAAGCUAGAGUGCAGGUUUGGUUCCAGAACCGAAGGGCCAAGUGGCGGAAAACCGAACGAGGGGCCUCGGACCAGGAGCCUGGUGCCAAGGAGCCCAUGGCAGAGGUGACGCCCCCACCAGUGAGAAACAUCAACUCCCCGCCCCCUGGGGACCAGGCCCGGAGCAAGAAGGACACCCUGGAGGCCCAGCAGAGCCUGGGGCGAACAGUGGGUCCCACGGGACCUUUCUUCCCCUCCUGCUUGCCGGGGACCCUCCUGAACACAGCCACAUACGCCCAGGCCUUGUCACACGUCGCCUCUCUGAAAGGGAGCCCACUAUGCUCUUGCUGCGUCCCGGACCCCAUGGGCUUGUCCUUCCUCCCCACCUACGGCUGCCAGAGUAACCGCACCGCCAGUGUGGCCGCCCUGCGCAUGAAGGCCCGCGAGCACUCGGAAGCCGUCCUGCAAUCCGCCAACCUCCUGCCGUCCAGCAGCGGCAGCCCGAGUCCCGCCGCCAAGCCGGCACCCCCGGAUGGCAGCCAGGAUAAGACCCCUCCUGCCAAGGAACAGAGUGAGGGUGAGAAGAGCGUAUGA